CUUCCAAUUACUAAACUUAUUGUGGGGAGUGUAAAGACAUAUGAACAACAUUGUUUUCCAUAUUGAGAUAAUGAUAAAAUGAUAAGACCUGUUACAGUAUACUAUACCACUGUAACAACAUUUUUCUCAAUAUGUUUCUUGAAAGAAUUACGCUAGUUUUGUGCUUGGCUGUGUGUGUAUUUGGCGAUGACCACACAAAAUGUGCAGGGAAAUUUGAUAUGAAUGCGAGAGAGUUUGCCAUUGGAGACAGCUGGACCGAGACGCUUAACAAUGUCAAGGCUGACUGUCACUGUCGGGAACACAGAUGGUUUUUCUACUCUGAAUGCCAUGGAGACUUUUGUGAUGACGCAACAAGAGAAUGUGUCUGGGAUGGUUGCUAUAGUGACAAGGAUGGGCAAGCAUAUCCUGAGGGUGCCGCAGUGAACUAUGGGGGCGAAGACUGUAUCUGUGAAGAAAAUGAAGAAAUGAUCGCAGAUGGCAUGCCAGAGAAAUAUGUCAUCAAUUGUUGAGAUUUCAAGGAUGUAAACUGAUCUAAAGAUUUAAACUGAUCUCAAUAAUAAUCUUCACAAAACUGAAUAAAUAUCAAAAUGUUGUUCUUCAUGUGGUGUUCCACUUUACAGGUUUCACUGUAUUAGUUGAAAAAUCAAGAAGUAAUAUUCAGCCUUUGAAACAGAUUGGUUAAAUAUUCUUUCC